AUGUCGAACUUUCAAGUGCAGCAGGCCCAGCCCCGCCACCGACGCAGACCAUCCAUCUCAGAGCGCAUCCAACGGGUCUUGCACGGAGAUCGCGCAGAAAAGGUACGAGAGCACAAAUUUCAAUAUGAUAGAGCACCCUCACAAGCUCACCGUCUACAACAGAAGCGGCAGAGCUAUUCUCCUGGAGAUGAUGCUCGGGGAGGACUACAGGCCGACCAGUCGGCCCAACCGGCGACAACGGCGCUGGGGGAGACACAGACUCAAUCAGAAAAAAGUCCGCCACGGAAUCAAAUAGAGACCGUGCCCAGUGCACACACUCGGACAACUGGUUCGCUACAUGAGAAUUCAUACCCCAGCACACAGACGUUCUCGUCACAAACGUCGCAUCUGCCAGCAACCAGCACACCCGGAUCAAGUCCCUCGGUCAGAGCAGCUUCGGUACAUCCUCGAGAUGGGCAGUCAUCGACUCCGCGGCAUGUAUCCAUAUCUGAAGAUCACCUGCAAAAGGAGAAAGAAGAGAUUUGCUCAUCGCCCACCUGGAAACACACUUCACGCAAAGAAAGACGCGCGACGAAGCGACUGGAAGCCGAGCGUAAGGAAUUAGAAAAGCGUCUCCGGAAGCUCGAAGAGUCGCAGGCGAAGCUUGACAGCGGCGUCUCAGACCGACAGUCGCGCCGGUUGACCAAGAAGCAGCCCCUCACCAGUGGGAAGCGGUCGGCAAGUGCCGAGUCCGACAGACCUCGUUCGUCGAGAUCGCUCUCGUCGUUCUUUUCUUCAUCCCGUCGGUCCUCCCGCUCACGAGCAAGUUCGGCGGAUGGACGUCAAUCGACAGAUGACGAGGGCGCCAGCUCCAAGGGACCCCCAACCCUUCCACUUGCACUGCCGGAAAAGUUCGGAACGGCCGUUUCGCGAGAGCUAGCGUCGAGACAUGGAACAUCCCUGCUGAGCAGCCAUCAAGUGUCACGGUCGUCGCAUCUCCUCCAUCAUGCGGCUGCCAAAUCGGAUGACCUGCGCGAAAACUGGAAGAUGGCCGAAGCAUGGCAGCGGCAGGACCAUGAGGCGGGAAGGGAUGCCCUGGCGAGCUCGAGUCGGUUUGCUGGGCCCAGUUCACAGUCCUUGGGGACUCGCCCUGCCCCGAGUUCAAAGAGUCAGUCGGGCACCACUCAUUCCCCGACCACAAAUAUCUGGGCUGAACUGGAUCGGGAACGAUUCACCGCAACUCUGAGGCAAGAGUUCAAGCCAGGGGAGAGUCAAAAACGCGAGAUUCCACCUUCUCUUCGACCGGCCAGCCAGCAGGGCUCGAACGCUUCUUUGCCGGCAGCGGCUCGGAGUGCUCACAACCUUCCAGGACGUGGGCCCCAGAAUGCCGGCCAUGGAAAGGACAAACGUCCCUCGCAAGCCAAGGUGUACUCGUACAUUCCUCUUGGGAGGGAUGGAAAGCCAGUCACACCCAUAAUACGCAAGGAAGCAUCGGAGAGUAGCUUGAAGCCUCAGUCGCUGCCAUCAUCCCCACCGCAGCAGAAGGGAUACAAAUCCUCUCCUCUGGCGAUGAACCCAGUCACAAGUAAUGACAUGUAUCAAGGCGAGGAUGUUCGUCACCCAUUGAAGACUCCUCUUAGACAAAAGUCCUCACGCGAGCUUGUUCCUCGGCCGCUUCGUAUCAGUUCGGAAGCCUCUCGUGGACAUGGUCGGCCUGGGUCCAAUCCAACGUCCUCGAAUAUGCAUGGAGAUCGAUCCCCACCGUUCUCGGGCUCGGACCGUCGAGCGACACUGCAGGGUCCAGCACCAUCUCCGGGCUCGGGAGAGCCAUCUCAAGCCCAUUCAAACGAUCACAGGCAGCGCCAGAGCUCUCGUCUUGAUGCGGUGGGCACGGGACGCCCAGCCAUGUCUCAAUCUACACCCACCUCGCCCAUUCAGGUCCCUCUCAAACAUCCCGGGCGAAAAUAUGCUCUUUCAGAAAACUCCCCCUACGGUCGACUCAGUCUCGAUAGCAAGAGAAGCGCGGUGGCUUUCCCAGAGAACGAGCGGGAGACUUGCUCGGACGACCAAAUGCCUCAUAUGCGUCAUUCGCUCGCCGAAAUGCCCGCGAGUCAAUCCACACCUAAUGUGGCCAGCCAUCGCCGAUUCAGCCGGUCAUCCUCGGAUGGCUCCAGCUACGACACGGCGGAUGAAGAAGUGCUCGGCCCAGCAGAGACAGAACAGCAGUCCGAAAGCAACGACAAUCUCUAUCGAGAAGCUGACACGGACGCCAACAUCAAAAUCCAUCCAUCUGCAUCUGCAUCCACAUCCCCCAUCAUCGCGAGCAAGAACCCUACGCUGGAUACACCCGAUCCCAACCCAACCUCAUCAGUGCCCCCUCUCUCCCGCAACGGAAUCAUCACCAAACUGCGCCGUACCUCGUUCACCCAACCCCCCACCAAGCCCACCCCGCUCCACAAAGAUCAACUCAUCGCCAAAAUCUUCGUCAUCUGCUGUGGUUGCCAUCACUGGCACGAUCUCCCUGCCGAACUCUACGCCCAAUUCGCCUGUCCGGAACGCUUCCGCCUCCUCACCUCCCCACCUCCCGACUCUCAAUCCCGACUGUUGCAGCGUCGAAUCUCUCAGCGCGACUCACCGCGUCGUCGGACCUCAGGCAAGAGGAACAGUGUCUGGAAAUCGUUGACUUUGAAUGAUGGAGCGGCGGCCAAGGGACGAACUGAAAAGCGGGAUGAAAGGAAGGGAUUUGUCCUGGACAAGCCAAAGCAAGAUGUCGGUGCGAAUGCGAGCGUGGAGGCAAAGCCCGAGUCUGGAUCGGAGUCAACGACUACAGAUCCCGAUACAUUCCCGUGUUGUUGGUGUGGACAUGAUUUGAAAAAGACGUGUUGUCAAGGAUGGACGACGGUGGUGCAGAUGCAGCAGAGACAUCAUUAA